AUGGAGGGGCUCGUCAAGAUCGGGCCGUGGGGCGGCAGCGGCGGCGACCCGCGGGACGACAUCGUCGCCGCUGGCGUCGCGCCGCACCGCCUCCAGAGCGUUGUCAUCCGCUGCCAGGGAGCCGUCGACGCCAUCUCCUUCACCUAUGCCGGCGUCGACGGGGCGCCGCGCAUGGUGGGGCCUUCUCAUAACUCAAGCAGUUUUUCUUUCUUUCUUUCUUGGUGGCAAGCAGGUCAUAUGUUCGGCGCGGGGGAGUUCGUCAAGGAGAUCUCCGGGACGUACGGCCCGUUCGGCGGCCACACCGUCGUGAGGUCGCUCACGUUCGUCACCAACAUCGGCAAGCACGGCCCGUUCGGCACCCCGUGGCAAACACCCUUUAGCGUCCCAGUGCAGGACGGCGCCCACGUCGUCGGGUUCUUUGGGAGGUCCGGAUCCCUGCUGGAUGCCGUUGGUGUCUACGUGCAUCCAUAA